AUGAAUUAACUUGAGGACGGAGAAGUUCCCACAAAUAAUGAACCCAAAAAAAGUGGAGCAUCCAUAUACUCUUCAACUUACAGAACAAAAGUUUGUGAGCAUUUCAAAAAAGGCUCCUGUAUUAAAGGCAAUAAAUGUUCAUAUCUGCAUCCGAAAGAGUUAUAGAAUGUUACUCGCAUUUGCAAGUAUUACUUAGGGCAAGGAUGCUAGAAUUCGUAACAAUGCUAAUAUUCUCAUGAUUUGUCAAAAUACCAAUGUAAAUUCUUUUUUGCAAUGAGUAAUUGCAAAGGAUAGAAUUGUCGCUUUUCACAUGAUCUUUGGGAAAAUGAAAUCGCCAAGCAACAAUGGGCAGCUGACAAUGAUUAAUUUUUAAGAGAUACUUAUCAAAGAAGAGGUACUACUGGUUUAGGAGCAGCUUAUGAUGAAUAAUACAAAAUGAAAGUUUUCGAACAAUAAAAAGCCAAUCCAAAUCAGAGAAGCUACCCCUUUUAUCCAAAUAAUUAUAUGCCUCCACAAUCAUAAAUGCAAAUGAAUAUUUUAUAGCAAAUAUCUCCAUAAAUCCCUUAAGGAAGAACCAAAUUACCCAUCAAUAAUGACUUGGAUCCAAUAAGUGAUGAAGAGCAAUAAGAAGAAAUUAACAAGAUGCCAAAGCUAAACAUCUACGAACAACAAAACCCAUACUAAAUGCACUAAAAUAACAUUGCACCCAUUCCUCAGCAUUCACCAUUUUAAAUUAAUCCUUAAUUCCUUCAAUAAAGAAUAUCUAUCAAUUAGUAAAAUUAAUUUUUGUAUCCUACUCCAGUCCUUCCAAACUAAUAACAACAAUAAAUGUUUUAAUAGUAAUAAUAAGCAUUUUAAUCAAUGAAAUAUUAUCAAUAAUAGACUUAAAAUAAUAUGUUAAUCAAUUAAUAUCACCAGCAACAAGCAUAUUAAUUAUAACAAUAACAACCUCUUAUUGAAGAACAAAAAGAAUAACUGUUAUAAUAAUAAUCACAAUAACAAUAAUAAAUAAUCUAAUAAUAGAAGUAAUAACAAUUAUAAUAGUUAUAAUAAUAACAAAUUUAAUAAUAACAUUAAUAGUAAUAAUUUUUAUAAUAGCAAUAAUAACAACCAUAAUAGCCAUAAUAACAAUAAUAAUAAUAACCAUAAUAGCAAUAAUAACAAUAAUAGCAAUAACAACAAUAGUAACAAUAAUAGCCUUAAUCAUAAUUUGAAUAAUAAACUAAUAUAGGAAAGCAAGAAAAUAAAGAAAAAUUCGAAUAUAAAUAAUAAAAGAAGAAAUCCUCAGAAAAACAAUAGAAAAAAAUAAAAAAAAAGAAAUAAUAAAGGUUUAAUAAUAAAAAGAAAAUGGAAACUAUUAAAUAGAUUAAGGAUAGAUUAAAAAAAUAAAAAAGUAAAAUAAAAACCAUCCAAAUUCCUCCAGAAAUGCCUGUCGAUAGCUUUAAAAAUGGACCGAUCAGCAAACAUCUUGGAAUAACUAUACGAAAGCCUGUACUCUAGUAUUUCUUAGGUUUCUGA